CAACAAACAUCGAUCAUAAGUUCACAACCAAACAAGUAAAACAGAUCGUGUAUAUAAUAAGUGCAUUAUUAACCCAACUUAAUCUUCAACCAAGCUAAGUUUUGCCAUAUACAUGUCUAAAUUCUAAUACUUGGGUAUACAUACAUGACCACCACACGGCGGCGGGUUGGUUUAAGGACCACCAGCACCACUGAUCUCUUCCUCCUUUUUACAUGCCUCCCUUUUUUCGUUAUCAUCAUAGCAGCAGACCAAAUUUACAACCCUACUGAUGUGUAUAGCAUCAGUUGUGGCUCCUCCAACAACUUCACCUUCGAUGGUCGCAACUGGACUUCAGACAUCAACACCAAACUCUUGCUAGAAACCAAAAACAAGACAACAUCAUCAUCGUCGGUUGCUGUUAACGCACUCAUACCAAACAUCAUUCAGGGCCCUUACACCUCAGCGCGUGUCUCUUAUUCCCAGUUCACAUACUCAUUCCCUGUCGCCACCCCAGGCCAAAAGUUCAUCCGCCUCUUCUUCAACCCAACUUCCUACCAAAACUUUGACCCUACCAAAGCCUACUUCUCAGUCAAAUCAGGUGAUUACACACUCCUCAAAGACUUCAAUGCCUCCCUCUACGCUGAUGCUGAUGAUGACCAAGCUUCCGAUACCUUCUUCAGAGAGUACUCCGUCUAUGUCCAAGACGGUGAUCACACACUCAACCUGAGCUUCAUUCCAAGCACACCUAUCAACGCCACUACAUACUAUGCUUUCAUCAACGGAAUCGAAGUGGUUUCAAUGCCGCCUUAUCUCUACCACACUAACCCUAACAAUGACGACAACAAAGCGUUGCGGCUUCUUGGGUCCACAACCCCGUACCGCCUAGAGAACAACUCAGCACUUGAGACCAAGUACCGGUUCAACGUCGGAGAUAGGAUAAUAUCACCUUCCGGUGACACUGGCAUGUUGAGGUCAUGGGUGGUAGAUGAAGACUACAAAACUUCGCCAGGCGAAGUUGCCUCUGAAUUCGGGGAAAUUACAAAGCUCAACUUCAGCUUGAUCCCUAAUUACACAGCACCCGACCUUGUCUACCGAACUCUACGGCACAUGAUGAGGGAAAACGCCACAGUCAACUGGAGCUUCAAUCUCACAUGGGAGCUUCCAGUUGAUUCUGGCUUCACCUACAUGCUCAGGCUUCACUUCUGUGAGCUUGAUCCCGUGAUUCAAAUCCCCGGUGACAGGGUAUUCUACAUCUAUAUACAGGAUCAGAUGGCUGAUGAUCACGCUGAUGUUCUCAUGUGGACUAAUGGACAAAGAGGUGUGCCUAUUGUCAAAGAUUAUGCAGUCAUUGUUCCUUCAGAUAAUCAGAAAAACGCCAAUAUCUCACUGAAAAUGCAUCCUAGUCCACGCACUGGUUACGUUGAUGCAGUUCUUAACGGACUCGAACUCUUCAAAAUCAACGACUCGUACGGUAACCUCGCCGGACCUAACCCUGAUCCACCUUCCAAAGCACCUUCCGGCAAACCAGAGGUUUUCAGCAGCAAGAAUAAUACCCCUACUGCAGCUGUGGCAGGUGCAGUUUCAGGUGCUGUUUUGCUGUUAGUUAUAGUCGUUUCGGUUUUCUUCCUCAUGAAACGCUGGAGGAGGAAAAGCGGCGAGGGUGAUUAUUACAAUAGUUCGAAGCACAAAUCAGAGGGAUCUUCUCAGCUUCCCACGAAUCUCUGCCGCCACUUCUCGACUGAAGAAAUCAGAACCGCCACCAACAACUUCGACGAACUCUUCGUGAUCGGUGCCGGAGGGUUCGGGAACGUGUACAAAGGGUACAUCGACGACGGUGCAACACCCGUGGCCAUCAAGAGGCUCAAACCUGGUUCUCAGCAAGGUGUAAACGAGUUCCUCAACGAGAUCGAGAUGCUCUCUCAGCUUCGCCAUCUUCACCUGGUGUCCCUCAUUGGCUACUGCUGCGAGAGAAACGAGAUGAUCCUGGUCUACGAUUUCAUGACACGUGGCACCUUGCGGGAUCAUCUGUACAACACCAGCGAUAAUCCUUCGCUUUCUUGGAAGCAGAGACUUGAGAUAUGCAUAGGAGCUGCGCGUGGGUUGCAUUACCUCCAUACAGGCGCGAAGCACAUGAUCAUUCACCGCGACGUCAAGAGUACUAACAUCUUGUUGGAUGAGAGGUGGGUUGCCAAGGUUUCCGAUUUCGGGUUAUCGAGAGUUGGUCCUACGGGUACAACCGCAACACACGUCAGCACGCUAGUCAAAGGGAGUGUGGGGUAUUUAGACCCCGAGUAUUAUAAACGACAGCGUUUGACAGAGAAGUCUGACGUGUACUCUUUUGGCGUGGUGCUGUUAGAGGUGCUGUGUGGGAGGGCGCCGUUGCUGCGUAACGUGGAGAAGGAACAGGUGUCGCUUGUUGAUUGGGCGAGGCGGUGCUAUGAUGCGGGCAGCCUUGGUAAGAUUGUGGACCCUAAAUUGAAGCGUGAGAUUUCAUCUGAGUGCUUGAAAAAGUUUGGUGAUCUUGCCAUGAGUUGUUUGCAUGAUGAUGGGACUCAAAGGCCUUCAAUGAACGACGUCGUUGGGGUGCUUGAGUUUGUUCUGCAGCUUCAAGAGAAUUCAUCCAUUGGAGGUGGGAGUUCUGAGGUGUUUAGUAGUAGCAGCAUAAGUGAUGGAGGUCAUGCUUGGGAUAAUAAUAGUAAGAAUAGUGGAGUGAGCAUGACAACAACUACCACAAUUACUAGCACUGAGAGUAGUAGGGAAACACAAUGGUUAAUGUCUGAGAAUGUUUUCUCUGAGAUUGGGAACCCUAAAGGACGGUGAUUAGGAUUUAAGAUAUUAAUGCAGGUUAAAGAGAAAUGUAAUGUGCAGGCUUGAGCUAGAUAUCAAUGUAUUAAUAAGAUUUUAAUAAAUCGCUACACAUUUAUCUUCUCUUAAUUUCAAGUGCUUGAAUGGACAUUAAUGUA